CUGCUAACAGCAUACUGGACAUCCAACUUGUCCAGGAAUAGAAAUAGGAAAAAAUGGAUGCCAUGGCUAAAGUAAGAGGACUGCAAGAUUUGGGCAAGUGGAGGAAGAGCGUUGUAAAUCACCUCUACUGGGCGGCUUCGACAUCUGCAUCAGGAGAAGAGGCUGUGGCAACGUGGAGUUCAGUGGCCAACCACAUCCAAAACAUACAAACCCACGAUAACGCACUCUUCCCUCAGUGCCUACACAAGCCUCUGUUUGGAGAGCAGGCAAGACAGUGGCUCCAACCAAGCACAGCAGCAUGUGAAAAGUUCACAUCCCUUUUGAUGGCACCACAUCUACUAAAGGAUGUUCAGAAGAAAAGCCCACAGUACCACACAUCACCACUAGAGGCUUUCCACAGUUUGAUUUUGAAGUUCGCCCCCAAGAGUGUGUCGUUUUCUUUCAAAGGAAUGUUGUGCAGACUACAGCUUGCUGCACUUCAUUACAAUGAAAAUGCAUGCAGGUCACACGCUGUGACAGCCACAAGGGAACUGAGAUACUCCAUAGAAUUUCCAAAAUACAAGCAYGGAGACUACACUGUCAGACCGCUCAAGACAAAACCAACAUCAAGCUACAUCGACAAUCUGAUGGGUCUGCUUUUUGAUCAUGUUGUGGAAGACCCUCAGCCGUACCAGGACUUCUCAGACCAAGUUCCUGUUCCACAGAAGCUAUGUGCAGAGUUUCUGAAACCAGACAAGAAGGAGGCAGUGAGCAGACACAGGUCACGAUUCUUCUAUAAAACACGAGACUGGUCUGCGUUGAUGGAAAAGGAAAAGUCUUUCCCUCYACUGAUGGCAUCUAUUGCAGCACGUAGACUGACUUGUACAGAGCUUGUGUUUGCCCAGUAUUAAAUUACGGAGCAGGAGUCUGGGGUUACUGUCAACCUUACAGUGAGAAAUAUCAGUGCAGAGCCCUGCAUUAUUUUGUUUAGGUGUGCAUAUAAAUACUCCUAAACAAAUUGAGAAAAUGUUUGAAGAUGCAGAUUUUAAUUAUAUUUAUAUUUUAAUUAUAUUUAUUUAAGUGAGUUAAGAGGUAUGAUUCAACUCAUUUAAAGUUUUACUUUUAAGCUUAAAAACAGAAAUGGUCAUUUAAUAUUUAAUGAAAACCUAAAUUACAAACCUACAUUCAGAUAAAGGACAGUUAUGGUCCUGAGCCUUAUGGAAUAUGGAACCUAUGUAAACCUUAAAGGUCAAUUUGUGCACAGUUUACGGUACAUCUGGCACUUUGUCUCUGGUUAUGGAAACUGCGUUUUAGCUCAACUCAAGAGGAAAACCGUUUGUUGUUUGUGUCAUUUGGGUGAGGUUGAAAAUCAGAUGCACUUUUUGUUUGUUGUUCUUUAUAUACUACUUUGACAAAUGAACUGUUUAAUACCGUUAUUAAUGUUUAUUAAAAUUUAGUUUAUCUAGCCGAUGGACAGAAAAUCCAGUAUUUAUUGAAACGUUGUUGUAUUUCACUUAGCACAAUAUUUGUUAAAAGCCAGGCACCUCUGGAAGAGGAUACAUUUUGUUUUAAGAAUGUGUAUAUAUCUGUCCACCUGUGUGAGUUUAUUUAUUUUGUGGUUUUGUAAGCCCAUGUGGGCUGGGCACUUGUCGUGCAUGACAAAGGAUAAACUAUCAUCCCCUCCCCUAUAAGUUUUUUUUGUAUUAGCAACUUAAACAUUUGCAAAUGCUACAACUUUGCAAGCUACUGUAAAUGUAUAUUUGAUCUACAAAAAAUGUGCACAGCACAGAAUGUCUCAUUUUGUCAGAUGACAUCUGGUAUUAUGCACUAGUGACUGAUUGAGGCAGUUUUAUCCAAUACGCAGUAAUCAUAGCAAGUACUGCAGCUUUAACAGCUUCAAACUUCUCUAAUAUUUUUAUUACGCACUUGUGAUUCAUUUUAAGAUUGUAUCAUGCUACUUUUUUAUGUAUAUUUUUUAGUCCUAAAACUGUAAAGUGUAUUUGUGUAAAAAAUAUUUUUUAUAACAAACAUUUUGCAUCACAUAAAUCCAUGAAAUGCCUUAGAACUGAAGCUGGGUUACAUUAAUAAAAAUGCCUAGCAUUCUU